AUGAAACGUCCACUCCCCAGGUGGUGCAACUUAGUUGUCGUAUUAAUCCUGACGCAACUGUCAAUGGUCCUUGCCAUGUCUGGGACAGAGGCUCCUCGAAAUAGAUCAUUCGUGGUCGAUUCAACCCAAAGGGUGUUCUUGAAAGACGGUGAGCCAUUCCAGUACAUAUCGGGUAGUAUGCAUUAUUUUCGAAUUCCUCGCGAGUACUGGCAUGAUCGAUUGAACAAAGCGAAAGCGGCCGGUUUGGACGCAAUUUCAAUCUACGUGCCGUGGAACUUGCACGAACCGGAAGAAGGGGUGUACAAUUUCGAUGGUAUGGCGGACGUGGAAGCCUUCAUGGACCUGGCAGCCAAAUACGAUUUACUGGUGAUUCUUCGGGUCGGUCCAUAUAUUUGUGCCGAAUGGGAUAAUGGUGGACUACCCGUUUGGCUCAUGCGUAAAAAUCGCAAUAUGAAAAUUCGUUCUUCGGCUCCUGGUAGGUUUUUGAACUUGAUGUGUGCUGUGCAAAAUAAACUUGAUGUGCAAUAUAAACAAGCUUGUCAGCACGGAGGAGUUAUAUUCUUAUUCCGCACAAAUUUGAUUUCCACAAAUUCGGCAGAUUAUAUGAAUGAAGUUGAUCGAUGGAUGGGCAUUAUCCUUCCGAAGAUGAAACGCUUCCUGUACACCGAGGGUGGUCCCAUCAUCAUGGUCCAGCUGGAAAACGAAUACGGCAUUUACUACACAUGUGACAGGAAAUAUUUAGAACAACUGUACGACAUUGCACGGAAACAUCUCGGACCGGAUAUUGUGCUAUUCACCACGGACAGUCAAGCAAAACAUUUUCUCGAAUGUGGUUCAUCGGAUCCACGCUAUUUGACCACGAUCGACUUCGCGCCGACAACCGACUCGCCUGAGAAGAGCUUUAGUCUUUUGAAGAAUUUCAAACCAAACGAACCGUGGGUUAACAGUGAACUUUACCUUGGCUGGUUCGACGAAUGGGGUCGUAGACAUUCGACACGGGACCCACGGCUAAGUCGAGACAGUUUGAUUCGCUUGGUCACUUACUCCCCCAGUGUCAGUGUCAAUAUCUAUAUGUUCCAUGGAGGGACCAAUUUCGGGUAUUCCGCCGGGACCUUGAGAGAGGUCCCAUCCAUUACUAGCUACGAUUAUGAUGCUCCGAUUUCCGAAGCCGGAGAUUUGACAUGGAAAUAUCAGUUGAUACGUGAGGCUAUUUUUGCAACUGGACAUCUUCUUCUCGGACGGGAAGGAGGUCAGGUAGCCGAAACGCCUGUGAAUAUGGAAAUGUUCAGACAGGGAUUGAUCGGUCCCGUGAAAGCUAAUGGGCAGUUGCUGACACCAUGGACGAUGCUCGGAUUCCGGGACGUGAACACCAGUCAAAGUUUUUCGAAAACGGGAACCAUAUGGCCAAUUGUUGGUGCCACAUACGGCGGGACGCUUGAUAUAGACUUGGAGGUGAACAGACAUGAUACCUAUCUGCAUAUGGACACAUUCAAAAGGGGUCUGCUGAUCGUGAACGGGAUUAACCUGGGACGAUUUGAUACGAAACGCGGACCGCAGCACCGUCUCUAUGUGCCACGACCAUUCCUCCGAGCUGGUUCCAAUGAUGUCACCGUCAUCGAACUGGAGGGGAUUGAUCCAGUCGGAAACGGUACUGAUGAUCUUUAUGUUACAUCGCACACAGAUCAGCUUUGGUCAUGA